GAUGACAAACACCGGCAAAAUCAGGGCGAUGAGAACGAGGGGAUGGCCAAAGAGCAGCUCAAAGAAAUUUUGAAGGAAAUGAUCAAGUGUCAGGAGCAGAUGAAAGGUUUCAUCAAAGAUUUGACACAGGAGCUUGGUACGACAGCGUUGAGCUUCCAUGAGACUUGUCGACGUGUGAAACAAGUGCAGCCAGCCGACCCUUUGGAAAGCCGUGGCUUGAAGGUCAUGGACUUUGACAAGCUCCUGCUGAAACACCAACAUGAUAGCGAUGUGCGCGAUGCCAUUGCAAAGAUCAUGGGGGCGCCAAAUCCCACGAACGCCGUCUCUGACAAAAUCCAGUCCAUCAGCGUGAAAGAUAUCAUCGAUAUCCAUACCUUCAUGCUCCAGGAGCUUCAGCAGCUCAUCAAGGAAUACACGGACUCUGAAAGCAAAGAGGCCUUUGACACGAAAACUGUCACGAUCGCUGCGCAGGCGAUCAUUGGGUCCAAGUUUGAAACACAGUUCAGCUUGACGUCGGAGGAUGUCGAAAGUGCAGUGCUGAUGUAUCAUGCGAAUCUGGCAACAGACCAGAACUUUGCCCAGAUUAACAUCAAGAUCUCACAUGCAAUGCCAGCUUCUGGGAACUCCCUUUACACCCAGUUGAUCUUUGAGUGCGGUGAGCACAAGUGGGUGACAGUGCAUGGAUCAGGACAACUCAACUUCUCAGAACUUUUGGUCCCGCCAGCCCUGAUGGUCCAGCUCAUGUUCGUCAAGCCUGAGCAGAUGCAGAUGACAUUGGAGUCGGAGGAAGUAAGAAGGUGUGAGCUGCAGAAGGCCAAAGCAGAGAUCACUCAUCUCCGCGAAUAUGUACAGCGCUUGGAGAAGAGCAGCAGGUUCGUCCGAUGUGAUGAAAAAACGGAAGUGCAGGACUUGACUUCGUCAGACGAGACAGCAAGGGCCGAAGCGGUGCACAACCAGAACUUCCAGCCUUGUAUAGACACGGUGCCGCCGCUACAGCAGCAGCAGCUGCCGCAGCAGCAGGACGAAGGCAUUGUUCGCUCCGAGGACGUCCCUCCAAGCAGCUGUGCUGAAGCUGAUGCAAUCCACGGUGCGGAGGCAGGAGAUGCCGAGAAGACGCAAAAAGUGGAUGGCGAGUGCGAGACACACUGUCCAAGCACAGCUUCAAAGGGUUCCUACGUAAGGGCUGCCGACAAGGUGUAUUGGGUCAGCUAUGAGGAUCCACUACAGCUUAUUCGCCUGCCCAAUGCGGAGCCCAUGCAGAACAGCAAAACUACCAGGGCACAGGAUGACGCAGUACACGAUGAUACUGCUCAAGCCGUGCUGUCAUCUUCCAGGCAACACUCCAAGAGAGAGGAGGUGCUUCUGCCAGGCACACCCGAGAAGUUGCCUCGUACUGCGCUCCGACAGCCAAGCGCGGAUCGCUGCUUCUCAGCCAGGGGCAAGUUGCAAGGCCAUGGCAUGGCCGUGCUUCAGGUGCCAACGCCACGGACCAUCGCUCAAAGGCCGCCUUAUGCUUUCGUGCAUCAAAUGCCGCACCAAGUUUACUCAGCCUGGCAGAAACAUGAAACUCUGCCGCGGAGAGCAAGCUCGACACACUCCCUGCACGCAAGACACAGUCUGCUGCAACGGCAGAGAUCAGGCAGCCUUCAAAGCAUGAGGUGCCUGCAUCCGUCGGAACUGGGUCCUUUCUCACAGCGGUUGCCACCAAGGGUGUACUGUCGACCUUUGUUGGCGACUAUGCCCCCUCAGCUGCGAGCCUGCAGCAGCUCCAGGAGUUGCAGUGAAGAGCUCCGGGGAUAUCAGAGGCUUGGCCAAUGA